AUCAUCGCCUCAAAAUACCAAAAUGGUACUUACUCUGGUACCUGGUAGAUCUCUUGGUGAAUUUGAACUCGGUACCUUGUUAUGGAACGUUCUUACAAUCUUGAGAUCUUCACAAAAUUUGUUUCCUAAUGCUCAGAUCUGUUGGGACGCACGAGAAUCAGCCACUAGUUUUAUUCAAUUAUCAAUUUCAAGUCCAGCUAUUCAGUUAAUCUUUGAUGGUCGUACUCAGCGUUUGGUUUUAAUUGAAGCUUAUAAUCCUAUUGAUCAAAACUUUACAAAUCGAAUGAUCCCAUUAGGAGAAUGGAUUAGUUAUCGUAAUCAACCUAUCUCUCUUUCGAUUGGACCUAAUGAUCCUGGUGUCACCUUAAGAGUGAUCCAUCGCUUAUUCGGUCCAACCUAUCCACCUUUACCACACGUUGCACAUCCAGAAGAAACACUCAUCUCUUAUCCUGGUGUAGCAUUCUCAUUUCAAAAUCAAGUUUUAAACAGGGUGAUCUUAUCAGUUCAACCUAGUGAAAUUAACGAAGAUGAAUCGGAAAGUCAUCAAUUGGCUGAAGCUUAUUAUAAACCUAAAAUGCCUCAAUAUUUGGAUUGUAUUGAUGGUGAUAUUUCAUGUGCAGCAGUUAGGUUAGGUAGUCGUCCAGAUUCUAUACCUACAACAGUUUGUUUUAGCUUUAAAUCAUCAUCUCCUUCAAACCCAAUCUCAGAUGUGAAUGUAGUGAUUGGUGAAAGUACUUCAGAAGAUAUCAUGUGUGAUUUUGGAGCACCAUUACGAACGUUUUGGAAAGAAGAUGAUCGGAUGAAAAUUCAUGCUCAUCUUAAAUCCACUGGAAGACCGAAUGGUACAGUAGAUGAACCCAAUCCUUAUUUCAUGUCUUAUUACAACUUAGGUCUCGAUUUUUUGAUCGAUCCAAUUUCAAAUGUGGUUAUUAAGAUUAUCUUACAUUCAAAUAUUCCAGGUGAAGUACUUUUUGCUAGAUACUCAAGAUGUCCUUGGUCAAUUUGUAGACCAACAGCAACAGAAGCCAUCUCAAGUCUUGAAAAGUGUACUUCUAUAAUUCGAUAUAUCAAAGGUGAAGGAUCAACACACCCAAGGUCUUCAACUUCCGAUCAGUCUCAUCGGACUCAAAAACAUUCAAAUCAUACCCCAAAGAGUUCAGGUGAAACUGAUUCCGCUCCAGCUGCCACAUAUGUAGAGCCUGCUAUGGUCUUGGACCGUACAGCAGAUGUAAUGGAUGAUGGAUUAACAUUACAGAAACCUACACGAUUGAUUGGAUUUGAUGGUGCAGUACUUGAAGUGACUGAUAAUGAUGAUAUAGAAACACUUUGGUUGUUUUGAUACCAAUUUAUGAUGAUGAUCAAUGGAUGAAUCUACAUAAUCACAAGUUUUGUAAAGUUUCUAAUUCAUGAGGUUUAGUCAGUUGUAUAUUCUUUUACUUUUGUAUUUUGUUUUGUAUCUUUUCUUUUGAUUUUAAGAAUGCUUGUUGUAAUGAUUAAUGAUUAUUGGAAUAUGAAACAUGUUUUUUUUGGAUGUC